AUGCCCUCCUCUAGCGUCCCUCCUCCGCCUCCGCUACCCCGUCCGACAGUCUCCUCGGCGAACCAGCGUUCAGCUCCAACCCCUCCCUCUGUCCCGCCCAACGGACCGGCCGGUGCCCUUCUCCUCGAGCUCCUCACCGCCAACGGCUACCCGUUCAAGGACCACUGGUCGUACUUCCUCGGCUCGCGCGGCAACGCAGACGUCGGCGUCGUCGUCCACGCGACCGGCGACGUCGCCCACGGCUUCCGCCUCGAGGCGAAGCGCGCCUUUGACCUCGGCGGGCCCGGCAACGCCCCCAACAAGCGGACGCCGCUGCAGUGGCUCGACGCACGGCACUUUGACGAGCAGGCCAUGCUGAACCACGGCGUGCUCGCGUUCGACGCCGAGCCGGUCGGCGCGUGGGAGGAGAGCGUGCACAAGGUCAGGGCGCCGGGCAAGACGCUGAACACGGUGGGCGAGGAGGGCGCACCGGGGAAAAAGGUGACGCAGAAGAACUGUCAAUCGUGGAUUGUUGAGUCUGCAGAGCAGCUCGUCGCGGAUGGCAUGCUUUCGCCAGAUGUGGCAGCAUACCUUCGGGCUCUCGAGCAGUAG